AUGGCGGUGCCAGCAACGCCCGCGCCCAGAUCGGGUGUUCCUUGGACUGCUCGACCGGCUCGCAGCCUCAAUCUUAUCAAUGCCAGGCUGAUCGAUCCCAAGGACGGUGCUGUUCACGAACAUGUCAGGCUUGAUAUCCGUGAUGGGCGUAUCGAGCGGAUGCUCAAGUUGACUGCACCGGUCACUCAGCCUCCGUCAGAUACCGAGCUGGCAGCAUUCAAGCGUGACCACAUUGUGUUGGUCGACCUGGCGGGGAAAUUUGUGAUACCUGGGUUGAUUGAUUGUCACGUUCAUCUCGCGACACCGCCAGGAGAAGACGGCUUGAAAAGCACACUCAACCAGGAUCCGGCAGCCUCGCUGCUCAGGCAACCAUAUCUCGCCCAUGAGAUGUUAAAGCGCGGAUUCACUACCAUUCGGGAUUGUGGUGGCGCCGGUCUUGCCCUGAAAGAAGCACUCGCCGAGAAUCUCUAUCCGGGACCACGCUUGUUCACCUGUGGCCAUGCAAUGUCACAAACCGGCGGCCACGGCGAUCUCCGCGAUGCGCGGGACGCCGAGUAUGGCACACGCGGGAGCAGUGGGCACGUCCGUGGUCAUGGUCGUGUCGCUGACGGAGCGGAUGAGUGUCUCCGCGCUGCGCGGGAGGAACUUCGCCAAGGAGCUGACUUUAUCAGAAUCAUGGUUUCGGGCGGCGUCGUUUCGCCAACGGAUCGCCUUGCCAGCCUGCAGUACACUUCUGAAGAGGUUCGUGCAUUUGUCCAAGUAGCUGCCAAUGCAGGCACCUAUGUCACUGCACACGCACAUACGCCAGCAGCGAUCCGCCAUGCGCUAGAAAAUGGUGUCCGCGGCAUCGACCACGGAAACUUCUUGGACGAUGCCACCGCAGUGCUGAUGGCUGAAAAGGGGGCUUUUCUGACACCUGCCCUGAUCACGUACGCGAGUAUGUCGGUGCCUGAGUCUGCCGCAUUUCUGCCGCCAGCGACUGCGUCGAAGAAUGCACAAGUCCUCAACAGCAGCGUAGCCAGCUUACAAGUCGCCGAUAAAGCCGGCGUGACGAUGUGCUUCGGGACAGAUCUGCUGGGGUCUCUACAAGCCAAGCAAACAGGCGAAUUCGUGCUGAGAAAGCGUGCAGGACUGAGUGCAUUGAAGAUUCUGCAGAGUGCAACCAUCAAUGCUGCCAAAUUGCUUCAGAAAGAGGACCGACUUGGUCGCUUGAGAGAAGGCUCGGCAGCGGAUCUACUGAUCCUAAACGCCAAUCCUCUCGAGGAUAUUGAAGUGCUGGAUCGUCCCCGCAAGCAUCUUCUCGCCGUCAUAAAGGAUGGCCGCGUCCUCGAAAGUCGAUGGUACUCCUUGGCGAAAGACGUCGAUCGAGAAUCGAUCAUCGAAUAA